AUGACAAAUGAUGGACGUUCCAUCACAGUUUCUGCCUUGGAAUGGCACAGUAGUUCUGAUGAAAAUUGGGAGACUAAAUUCAUGUAUACAUUAGAUGAUGUAUUCGACCACCCAAGAAUUAUGAUAACGGUGAAUUCUGUGAAUGGUUUUGUUUGUUUUUGGAGUUGCAAUGCUCGUCUCCAUGUGUGCAAUCCUCUGACUGAAGAGUAUUUCACUACUCCAUCAUAUACAUAUGAAAAUAAUAUUUCUGUUCCACUCCGUCUUGUUGCAGUUGGCUUCGGGUUUUGCCAGCUUUCAUAUGAAUACAAGGUGAUUGUUCUUCAUGAAUAUAUUGAUGCAGGGACUAAACCAUUAGUUUUUACUGUUGGAACUGACCGUUCGUGGAGGUCUCUGAAAGCAAUUCGUGAUAGAAAAUUUCAUUCAAGACAUGAGAAGGGUGCAAAUGUGAAGGGGGUAAUAUAUUGGUAUAUGGAAAGUCAUACUCUGCCACUUUGUGGGAGUAAGAGCAUUAAAAGCCUCCUAUGUUUUGAUGUAUGUAAAGAAGAAGUUUUUACGACUAUGGUUCCAGCUGAACUCGAUAGCCUAGAAGAAGGAAACCGGUAUGUGACUAGGAUAGUAGAAAAGGGAGGAAACCUUUGUUUGGUAAACAUAAGUUAUGGUCCCAUUUUCUCCCUCUUGAUCAAGGUAUAUAUUGCGGACACUAUAAAUGAUUUGAGUAGCUUCAAUUCUUGGAAGAACGAGCUCAAUGUGAGUGUUCCUAAUAUGGCUUACAAUAUAAAUAUGACAGAGUGGUUCAUCUCAUAUGUUACUGAUGACAUUUUGGUGAUUCAAAUUAGAUGUGAGAGUGUAAUCUUUAUUGAUGUAGCAACUGGAAUGCUGUUGAGUGUAUUUCCUCUGUCUAGCUCUGUAAUUGUUAUCCCUUAUGUACCAAGUUUGGUGUCUAUUUUCCAUCGUCCCCGCCACUUUUAA